AGAGAUUCUUGUGCCUAGUAUAGCGGUGUCUUGGUGCUAUAUAGCCCUUUGAACGUGUCCUCGGACCAGCAUCGAUAACUAUGGCGAAUCCCAACCAUAUGCAUAAUUUGACCACCUUGAUCAAGCGGCUUGAGGCCGCAACCUCCCGCCUGGAGGAUAUGGCCAUGUCGCUCGAUGGCCCCGGCGUCCCCGAUGCGCGAGAUUCGAUGAACGUCGUGGUUGCGUCGGAUAUUGUUACGCCUGAGCAGCCCAAGGCUGUUUCACCUAUUGUACCCGUUGCGGAACCGCUCCCUCCCCAGAUAGAAGACUUUGAUGCGUUCAUCAAGGGUGAUGUUCAGAACUUUGUCGACCUCGGCGAGAAGAUCGGAGGGUUGGUUGAGGAGCAGUCUAAAGCGGUCCUGCAAGCAUUCGAAGCCGAGCGUACCUAUAUCUACGUGUCCACCAAGGCGAAAAAGCCCGAACCGCAACCCCCGGAGCUUAUGACCGAUCUGCACAAGGCAUCUGAUACGAUCAACAACUUGCGCGAGUCCAACCGCCAGUCUCCCGUUUUUGACCACCUGAGUGCUAUUGCCGAAGGUGUUCUGGCCUUAGGGUGGGUGCUGGUCACUGAGCCCGCCGAUUUUGUCAGUGAAACGUUGGGCGGCGUCCAAUACUACGGAAACAAGGUGCUGAAGGAGUACAAGGAGAAGGACACCACCCAUGUGCAGUACAUACAGGCCUACUACAAGAUCUUCAAAUCUCUGGCGCAAUACCUUAAGAAGCACUACCCCAAAGGCUUGACCUGGAAUGACAAGAGCGGGAUCGAUGCCCAGGCAGCCCUCAGGGAGAUCAAGGAAGGCCCCGGAUCGGCCACCGCUGCUGGUUCUGUUCCGCCGCCCCCUCCCCCUCCGCCGGUUCCAAGCCUCUCUGUGCCCGGGGGCGCUCCUCCGCCCCCGCCUCCGCCACCCCCCCCACCGGGCAUCCCGCCUGCGCCCGCCGCUGCAGGUGGCCCAGGUGCCAUGUCUGCUGUGUUUGAGCAGUUGAAUAAAGGCGAUGCAGUGACGUCCGGUCUGCGCAAGGUUGACAAGUCGGAGAUGACACACAAGAACCCCAACCUCCGCGUUAGCUCGACGGUACCGGAUCAUUCGGGCGGCGGCGGCAGCGGCAGCAGCGCGGUGCGGGGCAAGUCCCCUGCGCCAAGCAAGAAGCCCAAGCCCGAGAGCAUGCGGGCGCGCAAGCCGGCGCGCAAGGAGCUGGAAGGCAACAAGUGGAUCCUGGAGAACUUUGACAACGCCGGGAUCAUCGAGGUGGCAGCGCAGCAGAACCAGUCGAUCCUGAUCAGCCGGUGCAACAAGACGAUCAUCAAGGUGAACAACAAGGCCAACGCCAUCGCCAUCGAUAACUGCACGGAGCUCUCCAUCAUCGUCGACUCGCUCGUCAGCAGCCUCGACGUCGUCAAGUGCCUCAAGUUCGCCGUCCAGAUCGACGGCUCCGUUCCCACCGUCCUUCUCGACCAGGUCGACGGCGCCACCGUCUACCUUGGCCCCCAGAGCCUGCAGACCGAGUUCUUCUCCAGCAAGUGCACUGCUAUCAACGUCCUCUUGCCCCCGAAGGAGAACACAGACGACGACACCAAGGAGUGUCCUGUCCCCGAACAGAUCAAGAGCUACAUCAAGGAUGGUGUGUUGGUCAACGAGAUCGUAGAGCAUGCGGGCUGAAAACUGCCUGCCCGGGGCUGUCUGUACCCAUCACCGUUCUUUUGGUUAUGAUGGUUGGUAAACAGUUCUGAGCAGGUCUACUGCUUGUAUCUAGACCUUGUAGAUAGUAAGGUAAUCAAUUCACUUGUUUACAAAUAAUACAGCAUAGCUACUAAGUCUAAAUGAGAUAGAAUUCAUCGC